AACGCAACCAUACACUUCCUUUGUCCUUUAAAAACCCCUUCACCCUCUCUCUCAUAAAUACAUAACUAUCUCAUCUUCUCUCACAAAACAUCUUAGCAACAAACUCAAAAUUUUCUUCAAAAAACUUUCCUCAAUUUCUCAUGGGAUUCUUUCCUCUUUUCCAACCAAUUUCCAAAUGUAGCACAAAAGAUAGAUCAAACCAAACCGUCGCAUCCGACUUAGACGGCACGCUUCUCGUGUCGCGGAGCGCUUUUCCCUACUACAUGCUCAUCGCACUCGAGGCCGGAAGCAUUCUAAGAGCAUUACUUCUCUUAUCCUUAGUCCCGUUCAUAUACUUCACGUACCUAUUCGUCUCCGAGACGCUGGCGAUCAAAACAUUGAUCUUUGUCACAUUUGCGGGACUAAGGAUAAGAGACGUUGAGAUUGUUUCUCGGUCGGUUUUGCCUAGGUUUUACGCCGAGGACGUGCAUCCGGUGACGUGGAACGUGUUCAAUUCGUUCGGGAAACGGUAUGUUGUUACCGCGAGUCCGAGGAUUAUGGUUGAGCCUUUUGUUAAGACGUUUUUGGGAGUUGAUAAGGUGCUUGGAACUGAAUUGAUGGUUACAAAAAGAGGGAGAGCAACAGGGUUUGUUAAGGAACCUGGAGUUCUUGUUGGUGAACACAAGAAAGAGGCAGUUAUGAAAGAAUUUGGAAGUAACAACUUGCCUGAUUUGGGACUUGGAGACAGUGUAACUGACUCUGACUUCAUGUCAAUUUGCAAGGAAGGUUACAUGGUGCCAAGGACCAAAUGUGACGCAUUACCAAGAAACAAGCUUCUAAGCCCAAUAAUUUUUCAUGAGGGUAGAUUAGUCCAAAAACCAACCCCUCUAGUUGCACUCUUAACCUUCCUAUGGAUGCCAAUUGGGAUCAUACUUUCAAUCUUAAGGGUCUAUCUCAACAUACCUUUGCCUGAAAGAAUUGCUUGGUACAAUUAUAAGUUACUUGGAAUAAGAGUAAUUAGAAAAGGUACACCUCCACCACCACCAAAAAAUGGACAAAGUGGUGUACUAUUUAUUUGCAACCAUAGAACAGUUUUGGAUCCGGUUGUUACAGCUGUUGCAUUAGGAAGAAAAAUAAGUUGUGUAACUUAUAGUAUAAGUAAGUUCACCGAGAUUAUUUCGCCUAUAAAAGCAGUCGCACUUACUAGGGAAAGAGACAGAGACGCUGCAAAUAUAAAGAAAUUGCUUGAAGAAGGCGAUUUAGUAAUUUGUCCUGAAGGAACGACUUGUAGGGAGCCGUUUCUAUUGAGGUUUAGUGCUCUUUUUGCUGAGCUAACAGAUAGGAUUGUCCCGGUCGCGAUCAAUACGAAACAAAGUAUGUUUUAUGGAACUUCAGUUCGGGGACACAAAUUGUUGGAUCCUUAUUUUGUGUUCAUGAACCCUAUGCCGACUUAUGAGAUCACUUUCUUGAACCAAUUGCCUUUGGAGUUGACUUGCAAUGGAGGGAAAUCUUCAAUUGAAGUUGCAAAUUAUAUCCAAAGGGUUCUUGGAGGGACUCUUGGAUUUGAAUGUACCAAUCUAACAAGGAAGGAUAAGUAUGCUAUGCUUGCAGGAACAGACGGAAUCGUUGGGUCAAAGAAGAAAGAUUAAAAUCGAGAAGAACAAUUCAACCGAUUUUGAUUUUUUAUAAACUAUUAAAAAAAUGGAAUUUUAAAUAAAAAGUUACAGACAAAAGAAAAAAAUGUGUCUCUAAUUUCGUCACUAAAAAUAAGAAUGACGGAAUCGAAGACUAAUUUUAUUUUGUCUGUCAUUUUUUUUUUGAAAAUUCGUUUUUUUAAAUAGUGAUUAUUGUCAUUUUCCAUGAUGUUUAAUUUUAAAGUUCUUACAAUUAUCAGAAUAAUAAAAAAAAUAUUGUGUUUAUUAUGCUCCUAAAAAUAACAUUAAUAUGUACAUUAUUAUUAUUUAUUGUUAUUAUUAUUCUGAUGAA